GCCCUAAGCUCGCAGCUCGUGACCGUUGAAUGACCGGUGGGCACUACGGGCCGUAAUCGCAAUGCCUCUCUCAGACGCGGACAUCGAGGAAGAAGAGAGACAUUUCUCCAAUGUGGUGGCUACUUUUCGGAAAUAUACUUCUUAUCAUUUAGCGGCGAACAAUCGACGCCGAAAAGAUCUGUUUACGUUGCCAAAAGAUGACCGAGAGCUACUUGAGCAGCUAGGAUAUAAAGAGAAAUUGGAUCAAGUGGAUAAGGCGAUAUUAGCGAAUGAACAGUUUUUGAACAAGAUCGUGGUUGAUCCAGAAAUCUUCGGAGAAGAUGGCAACGAGGAUGCCUUGGAGGAAGGGGAUGAAGAAGGCGAAGCAGCAGACCCGUCUACCUCCGCCAGAUCUCAUUCACAUUCGCACUCGCACUCCCCGCAUUCACACUCACACUCGCAUUCACAUUCGCAACCACAUUCGCAUGAAUUACCGAAGGAAUACAAACCAACGGAGUUCGACAUGGACAAGCUACGAAGCACGCUGAAGCAGUUCGUGAGGGACUGGAGCGCUGAAGGCCAAGAGGAACGCGAAACUAGCUAUGGGCCUAUGAAGGAUGCUCUAUUGGCACAUUUUUCGGAUAUCCCGAAGGAAGAACGGCGAAACUUUCGUGUACUAGUUCCAGGUGCAGGAUUGGGUAGGUUAGCAUAUGAUAUCGCCAGCCUUGGAUUCGCAUGUCAAGGAAACGAAUUCUCUCAUUACAUGCUUUUAGCCUCGUUCCUAAUCCUGAACAAAACCGAGCGUCCUAACAUGCACACCAUAUACCCUUAUGUGCACUCCUUUUCGAACGUUCCCGAUCGAACGUCUAUGUUACGCCCGAUAACAAUUCCAGAUGUAUACCCCACUCUACCGAGCGGUUCGGUCUUUUCUCUGGUUGCUGGCGACUUUGAAGAAAUAUACGGCGGAGAGUCAGAUCCAAACGAGCCGCAGGCGGGGUUAUGGGAUGCUGUGAUGACAUGCUUCUUCAUCGAUACAGCAAAGAACAUUGUUAAUUAUCUCCGAAUUAUACACAAAAUACUCGCACCCGGUGGUGUAUGGAUCAACCUUGGCCCCCUUCUAUGGCAUUGGGAGAACAAUCAUACAAAUGACCCAUCGAUCGAGUUAGACCUUGUGGAAGUGAAGCAGCUUGCGGCAAUGGUGGGAUUUGAGAUCGAGAACGAACGCACUAUUGAUGCGACGUAUACCACCAACUCUCAGGGAAUGCUGGGAUAUACAUAUCGGACAGCGUUUUGGACUGCCAAAAAGAAGAUUUAAAUACUUUCUUGUUUGCAGCUGAGUAUGUAUAUAGAACUGCUGAGUGCACGCUGUAUAAGAUUUCGAGUUGUAAAAUUUCACUAUGUCUCGUUU